AUGCAGCAUCCAGGUCCCAGCGGCGUGAACCAGCUGGGGGGGCUCUUUGUGAACGGCCGCCCCCUCCCCGCCUGCACGAGGAAGCGGAUCAUCGAGCUGGCCUCCUGCGGCGUGCGCACCUCCGACAUCUCCCGCAGCCUCAAGGUGUCCAACGGCUGCGUCAGCAAGAUCCUGGGCCGCUUCUACCGGACGGGGGCCGUGGAGCCCAAAGCCAUCGGGGGCAGCAAGCCCCGCACGGCCACCCCCGAGGUGGUGGCACGGAUCGCCCAGCUGAAGCGGGAGCAGCCGUCCCUCUUCGCCUGGGAGAUCCGACGGCAGCUGCACGCCGAGGGCGUCUGCGCCAGCAACAGGACCCCCAGUGUCUCCUCCAUCAACCGGGUGCUGAGGAGCCUGCAGAGGGACCCGUUCCCCGCCACCAGCCUGGCUUCGGCGAGGGACCCUCUGCCACGGGCCUCCCCGCUCGCCCCCACCUCCAUCCCGCAUCCCCCGGGCUGCCGCUCGCCCCCUGAAGCCGGCACGGCCGGCGCUCCGGGGACCCAGCACCCUCCCCGGGGCUCCACGUCCAGCCGGCGGCUCCCGCCGGGCAGCCGGCAGCGCAGCAGGACGGUCUUCUCCAGCCAGCAGUCGGAGGCCCUGGAGGAAGAGUUUCGGAGGGGGCAGUACCCGGACACCGCCACCCGGGAGAGGCUGGCCGCGGCCACCCAGCUGCCGGACACAACCGUCAGGGUCUGGUUCUCAAACAGAAGAGCCAAGUGGAGGCGGGAGGCCAAGCAGAGGCUGGAGGCCGGCGGGGCAGGCUCCUGGUGCCACUGGAUCCUGCCCCCGGGGGCCGCUGCGCCCCCCCCCGCCGUGACAGCCCCCAUCUCUACGCAG